AUGUCUUUACAAGUUCAACCACUGCCUCAGCAACAGCAACCUGUCCAGGUCUACCCAACAAGUGUCACAUACCAGUCACCUCCUCAACAUUCCAAUGGGUCUUUUGGGUCAGUAUUUGUUGUCCUGGCCAUAAUAGUUGUCAUUUCAGCUAUUGCUUGCUGUCUUGGAAGGCUUUGCAACAGGCGCGGCCGCAGCCACAACCACAAACAGAAACAUGUUAAGCAGGAAAAGCAGCAGAACCACAACUUCCGUCCAAAAGAAGUGGAUAUUGAAUUUGGCUUUGACAAAAGAAUCGCAGCUUCCAAGCCUAAUGGACAUGGAGCAGCCAGAGGACCCAAGCCACUUGCUCAUGGUGACAUGAAAAGUUUUGAUAUGAAGCAUGGCGACUUGAAAAGUUUUGAUAUGAAGCUUGGUCGUGAAGGAAAGCUAAGAGCAGGUGCAUGA